AUGUUGGAUAUUAAUCAAUUUAUCGAAGAAAAAGGUGGAAACCCGGAACUUAUCAAGAAAUCUCAGAGGGCUAGAGGCGCCAGUGUUGAGCUUGUUGAUGAAAUCAUCAGUGAUUACAAGGAAUGGGUCAAGACGAGAUUUGAUUUGGAUGAAUUGAACAAAAAAUUGAACAAAUUGCAGAAGGAAAUCGGUCAAAAGUUUAAAAAGAAGGAAGAUGCAUCUGAACUAUUAGCAGAAAAAGAUAAAUUGACUGAAGAGAAGAAGCAAUUGACUGAGAAAGAACAAUCUGAGGACAAGGAGUUGAGAAAAAAAGUUUUCCAAAUUGGUAACAUUGUUCAUCCAUCUGUGGUUGUUUCCAAUGAUGAGGAUAAUAACGAGCUUGUGCGUUCUUGGAAACCAGCCGAUAUCGAGGAUGUUGGACCUCUGGCAUCUGCUACCGGUAAGCCAGCUGCUCUGUCACACCACGAAGUUCUGCUGAGGUUGGAUGGGUACGAUCCAGAACGUGGUGUGAAGAUCUCCGGUCACAGAGGUUACUUUUUCAGAAACUACGGUGUAUUCCUUAACCAGGCUUUGAUCAACUAUGGUUUGUCCUUCUUGGCUUCCAAGGGCUACAUCCCUCUGCAGGCUCCAGUCUUGAUGAACAAGGAAGUGAUGGCCAAGACUGCCCAAUUGUCAGACUUCGACGAAGAACUAUACAAAGUGAUGGAUGGCGAUGACGAAAAGUAUUUGAUUGCCACAUCCGAGCAACCAAUCUCCGCUUACCAUAGCAACGAAUGGUUCGAGAAGCCACAAGAACAGUUACCUAUUCGCUAUGCGGGUUAUUCUUCUUGUUUCCGUAGAGAAGCUGGUGCACAUGGUAAGGACGCUUGGGGUGUGUUCAGAGUCCAUGCAUUUGAAAAGAUAGAACAGUUCGUCUUGGCUGAACCCGAAAAGUCCUGGGAAGAAUUUGACAGAAUGAUCGGUACCGCCGAAGAAUUUUACCAAGGUCUAAAAUUACCUUACCGUAUUGUCGGCAUUGUCUCUGGCGAGUUGAACAAUGCAGCUGCCAAGAAGUACGAUUUGGAGGCUUGGUUUCCAUAUCAAAAGGAGUACAAAGAACUCGUUUCCUGUUCAAACUGUACUGAUUACCAGUCUAGAAACUUGGAGAUCAGGUGCGGGAUCAAGAAGAUGGGCGACAGAGAGAAGAAAUACGUGCACUGCUUGAAUUCUACCUUGGCUGCGACCCAAAGAGCCCUAUGUUGUGUCCUGGAAAACUAUCAAACAGAGGACGGUCUUGUCGUUCCAGAAGUAUUGAGAAAAUACAUCCCAGGAGAGCCAGAAUUUUUGCCUUAUAUGAAAGAACUACCAAAAAACUCCACUUCAAGUAAAGACAAGAAGAAAUAA